AGUAGUAUAAACCUGUCACUGCUAUCAUGAUAGCAUAGUUAGCUAACAGAAGUGCCUAUGCUACCUGCCCCUGAGGAAAACAACAGAGUCCCACACCGGAGGGACACCUGUCAUCAUGGCUGUGUUGUGGUGUGAAUUGUGACAGCUAACGCCAAGAUGAUGAACGACAUCAUGGAGGAACCAGAGAAGGACACCCUGCUGGAGGCGCAGGAGCCACAAGUUUUGUCGGGGCCCAUUGGUGGCACAAGACCUAAGACCGCUGAUGGAGGGAUCAGGCCUGUGGAGAAAAGAGGACCUUACAUCAUGUCUAGAGCUCCAGCAAUCCACCUCAAACUACAGAAACACAGAGAGAUGGCGAGGAAGGCACUGAAGAAGAAAGCCCUCUCACCAGGACCUCCAGUCAUGCAUCAGCCCAGACAAGGAGCCAAGAGGACAGUGAAGUAUAACAAGGGCUAUGCUGCUUUGAGCCAGCAUGCUGAUGAGAGUUUGGUUGCACUGGACUCAGACAGUGAUGAAGAGAUCGAUUUUGAGCAGUAUUCCUCAGGAUACUCUUCAGCUGAGGUCCAUCCUGAUUUAAGCAGGCAGCUGCUUCAGGACGGCUACCGUCUGGAUGAGAUCCCUGAUGACGAGGACCUGGACCUGAUUCCGCCCAAAGCCAUGGGCUCUUCUGUGUGCUGCUGCUCCGAGGGCCCGUCCUGCUCCAUGCAGUGAUGCCGGUGCCACGGCUUGAACCUUACAAAGGCUCGGCUCCAGCUCCUGUCCCUGACAUUAGUCACUGGUGGUGCCUGAGGCCUUUCUUUUUAACCCAGGACCACUGCUGUGCUGCCUGAGGACUUCAAGCUCUGAAGUCAAACUCCUGCUCAUGCGGGACAGUGUGCACUGAGAACACUCAACACACAUAAAAAAAAAAAAUGAGGAUAGACAUAAGAAGCCUUAUCCACUGUGACCCCAAAUCUCUACGUAUUUUUUUAUUUUCUUCUUUUUAUAGAAGAACAUAAAAUGCUCACCAUUAUACUUCUCCAAACAGAGUGGCAGAGAGCUUCAACAUUUGGGAGAUGUCUGUGUUGACCCAAUGGAGAGCUGUCGUUCCUGCACUGGUGAACGGGUCUGCAGCCCUCUGAGCAUGACACACAUACACAAAUGGUGUAUUGUGUUUUUGGUGAAUCAAAUUUCAAGUUAUCACAUGACACGUUGACAUUCCCUCACUAUGGUUGCAUUAACUGACUUUUUCGUUUUUUUUACUUUGUCAUUGAAAUACAUUUGAAGUUUUAUUCCUAGAUGAUAUGACCACCAGGUCAGUAUAUAUGACAACUAUUCCAACAUAAAAUAACUAAUAGGAUGUUUUUUAAUAUGAAGCAGAGCACUGAAUUGAAAUAGUAUAAGUGAGUGAAACCACUUCAUUCCUUUGUGUAUGUCUUUUUUUUUUCAGCAAAUGUUACCAUUUCAAAAACAUGAAACAACCUAUAGAUGACAGUCCUCUUCCUGUUUUCUGCUAUGUGUCUGAGAAGACAAAAGAGUUCAUUGCAUUUUACAUGUUGUUACUGAGCAAACUGCUACAUACCAGGAGGGACUCGCUCAUCCUCCACCUGUAGAAAAGCAUCAUGAAAGGUGGACUUUUAAAAGGUAUCCACUGUUUGAAUGAGUGAGACCAAAUGUUACAUUAUUGAAUAUGGAAGAUGGGGGGCUUAAGUGCUUUGAUAGACAAACUGAUGAAAUUUGAUUCUAUCAGACUUUACAAUUGUGUAUCGUAGAAAUAAGUUUCAAUCCAGUAACCAAUGUCUGCCACUUCAAAAAUAUUAGAAGCAUAAAAACAGAAUCUAUUAGCGAUUCCUAAACAAGUCAUCUUGUCAACGAGAGAGACAUUUGCUUAUGUGGUUAGAUGUAUGUGUUUCUUUUAUUUAUUUUUAAUAUGCUUUAGAAAAGAGUUUGGUUUGAAUUGGAAGGAUUCAAAAAAUGAUUUACAUUGAUAACUUCUUUUCAAUAUUGACAUGUAGCAUUUUGGAUUUGAACCUCUGUUCAGCAUCUGCUUCUCUACCACAUUUAGAUUUGGCAUAUUUGUUACAUCAUUUUAUUUAUUUAUUUAUUAGUAUAUUUGAGAGGAGGACACCAGAAAUGGUUUUUACAAGUUAAAAAACAGUAACCAAAAUUUGCAUAAGGCCUGAGGUCUACCCUUGUCAUUUGUAACGCAUGUUUACACACAACAGUCCACAAACUGUGUUUGGAUUAUUCUCUGUUAUGAUGCCUCUGCUGCUGAAGAUGGCACUCUUAUAAUUUUUUUUUUCUUUUUCCAGUUUAAAAAUGUAUCUGUUUAGUCAUUCUACACUCUGGGUCAUAUUUUACUUUUAAUUAUUUCUGAUAGUUUUUAACAAAAGAUGUUAUCAGAGUAAGUGACAGUGAUCACUGUUUAUGGAGAUGCUGUGUGCAAGUGGGCAACUAGAAAGUAAUUUGCCUUUCACAUACAUUUGUUAAAAAUAAAAUUGCACAACUGUUGAAGUGCAUAGAGGUUUAAAGUCAGGUUAAAUGUAUUGCUGCUGUUUCACUCACCUGCGUUUGGUUUUAAGAGGGCGUAACUCAUGUAAAUAAAUGGCAUAGCUGAACACUUGACCACCAUGAAGUAGUAAAAGACUGGAAAGGGUCAGAGACAUUUGGUGCAAGGAAAAAAAUAUGAACUUUGAUUUGUACGUUACAGUUGGCAUCAACUCACUAAUUCAAAUUCAGGAAGUCUAUUUGUUGAAAAUGCCACAUUACUAACAGAAGUUAUGUACACCAUCUCCUCGCAGCACUCUGUGGUUGUCAUGUGAGUGAUUCAGGAAUAAAAGCUGAUUCUUCAAUUACA